AUGCCGUGUCAGGCACUUCGCAGAAUUGGUCUAAAGCUGGUACGCAGACGAAUGCUGAAGAAAGAUGUGAAUGAGAUGGCCCCUGCCAGAAGAUGGACCACUCUGGAUUUAGUGACCCUGGGUGUGGGCUGCACAGUGGGAGUAGGUGUGUUUGUCCUGGCUGGGGAGGUGGCUAGAGAUGUAGCAGGACCAUCCAUUGUGGUCUGCUUGUUGGGAGCCAGCCUGUCUUCUGGGUUGGCUGGGCUGUGCUAUGCAGAGUUUGGUGUUCAGGUUCCCUAUGCUGGCUCUUCAUAUCUCUACACCUACGUCACUAUGGGUGAAAUCUGGGCUUUCAUCACUGGCUGGAACCUCAUUGUCUUCUUUGUUGCUCAUACAGCCACUGUGGCUCGGGCUUGGACCUUAGCUUUUGACAAUCUGCUUGGGAACCAGAUCUCUCAGACCCUGCAUGAGAGCAUCUCACCAAAUGUUCCCCAGCACCUGGGAGAAAUUCUAGGCUUCAUUGUUGUGGGCCUUAUGUUGUUGCUGAUGGAAUUGCUGACUCUGAGGAAUAGGUGGAUUUUCCCGGUUUCCAAAGUGGUCACAUUGGUGAAACUUUUGGCUCUCAGUUUUGUCAUCAUCUCAGGCUUCAUUAAGGGAGACCUACACAACUGGAAGCUCACAGAAGAGGACUAUGUAAAGGCUGGACUCAAUGACACCUCUCACUUGGGCCCUCUGGGCUCUGGAGGAUUUGUGCCUUUUGGGUUCAGGGGGAUUCUCCGUGGAGUAGCUACCUGUUUCUAUGCAUUUAUUGGUUUUAGCAUUAUUAUUACAAGAGUGGAAGAAGCCCAGAAUCCUGAGCGUUCCAUCCCCAUAGGCAUUGUGGUUUCACUGCUCAUCUGCUUUUUGUUGUAUUUUGGUGUCACUGCAGCACUAACACUUAUGGUUCCUUACUACCAGCUUCGACCUGGGAGCACAUUGCCAGAGAUAUUUCUCCAUAUUGGCUGGGCAACUGCCUACUAUGCUGUAGCUUUUGUAUUCCUCUGUAGUCUUUCUGUCAGUAUCUUUGGCUUUAUGUUCCCCAUACGUAAUCUGAUAUACAUGAUGGCACAGGAUGGCCUCCUGUUCCCUGUCCUUGCCAGAAUCCAAACCAGUACAUACAUGCCCAAUGUGUCCACUGUAAUCUUGGCCAUCAUUGUAGGAAUCAUGGCAUUCUUCCUUGGACUCACUGAUCUUCUAGAUCUCAUGUCAGUUGGGGCCCUGCUAGCUUACUCCCUGAUGGCUCUUUGUGUUCUCAUCCUCAGGUACCAGCCUGAGAGGAGGAAUAGGGUAAAAAAAGCAGAGGAGCAGGAAGAGAAUGGACAGGCAGCAGAGAAGCUAACACUACAAGAAUUGUUUUUUCCACGGAGCCCCACCCCCACUCCACUCUCUGGCUGGGUUGUCAUUGUUUGCUCCUCACUACUCAUUCUGCUGCUGGCUCUCCUCUGCCUUGUGCUGGCCCACUGGCCAGGUCUGCUUUCUGGAGACCCAGUGCCGAUCACAGUGGUUGUGCUGCUCCUGGUGCUCAUCACUGGGAUCACUGGGGUCAUCUGGAGACAGCCACAGAGCUCCACUCCCCUUCCCUUUAAGGUCCCUGCUCUGCCUCUCCUCCCACUCCUGAGCAUCUUUGUGAAUGUUUAUCUUAUGAUGCAGAUGUCAGCUGGCACCUGGGCCCGAUUUGGUGUCUGGAUGCUGACUGGGUUUACUAUCUACUUUGGCUACGGGAUCCAGCACAGCUUGGAAGAAAUAGAAAACCUGAACAUACCCAAACCAUCAUCCCUGGAUCCCUGCUCCAAGGCUGAAGACAGCCCAGGCUAUGAGGGGCAAGCUGUCUGCCAGUAUCCCAGCAGCCUCAGCUAA